UUGGUAUUUCAGUUCUGCUUUGAGCAUGUUUUUCUGUUUGAAAAUUUUCGUUGAAAUUCAAGAUUGUGACGCUCAUAACAUUAGUUUGUUUAUUUAUACAUUUCGUGCUUUUCGUAAGCAGCCAAAACUUUAAACUGAAAUGUAUUUUGGCUGUAAAACACUUAAAUUAAUUGCACUUUUUUAAAUUAUAAAAUUAUAUGAUUUCCAAACUUCUGCUUUAGGCUGUUUCUGUGGCGGUGCUAAUAUUAGCCUAUUCGUUUUGUUAUAGGUCUUGUUUGUGUUUUUGUUCUCAUUUGUUUGUACUAAUAUGUUAUAUUUAUAAUUAUUAAUAUUAUUUAUAGAUAUAACUUAUAUUAGUUAUAAAGUUAAAAAAAUAUAUUUGAUGAAUAUAUAUUUAUAAAAUAUAUUUUAAUAAUAUAAAGUUAUAUUAAUAAUUUGUAUAAACCAGCAAGUAAUAAAGGCCUAAAUGUAUACAUUUAAAGUGCUAAAGUGAAUAAAUAAGUUGUUUAACAGUUGUUUAAAAGUUGGGGACUAUUUUUUUAGUUUGUUUAUGCUGUGGUUAUGUAAGUUUUAUUAACAGUCGUCAUUUUUAUCGUUAUCGUUACUUAAUUAUUAUUAUUAUUAUUACUAAUAUAUAUAUAAUAUUAGUGUUUAACAGUGUUUAAAAAACGAAUAAAUGUUCAUUUGUUUAUUUAUUGAGGUUUGAAUGCAGAAAAUGAACACGUUUCUCUAGUUUAGUGUUUUUCUAACCAUGACCAUAUGUCAGUGUCCAGGCAACGAAUUAACUCAUGAAUAUUAAGCAGGUAAGUGACUGGCGGCUUCAGGAAGUGUACGAACGUCUCCAUUGACCUAAUUAAUAUUCAUGAACACCGAAGUCCAGGCAACGCGGCGACGCGCUCCAGUGACCGAGACGCUUCACUGCUCUCACGGUGUUACAUUCAUUAAUUACACACGUUUAAUCGUUGUAAAAUAUAAAUAAUUCAUCAGCAUGUAUGAUCGGGCUCCCAGGUUCACACAUUUGACAUCAAGAGGCACCACGUCUGAAAUUGGACCAGGAUCGUAUAAUAUUAGCAGGUCCCUGAGCAGUAAAAGAGAUUCGUAUGCACCCUUCCUCUCGCUGUCCAGUAGAGAGUCUGGGUUCCUGGGGUCAGGCAGUGCUCUCCUCUCUCCUGGACCGGGACAGUACAACAGUGACAUUACCAGGAAUCAUAUUUUGGGAGGAAAGAGUCUCCAGAAUCGCUCCAAGCGCUUUGGUGACGUGGUGUCAGAUGUGCCGGGACCGGGAGAAUACAAUGUUACAAAUGAUGUUUCACCUGCAGAGAGAAGACAGACCGGUCCAGAGAAGAGCCCAAAGGCCGUCUCUAAAGCGGCGAGGUUGCUGCCGAAUCCUGAUGCCCCCUCCAUCCCGUCUCCUGGACAGGCGUUCGGAUAUGAAGAGGAUGCUCAAGGUGUCCUGCACCGGCACAAACCCCCCAGCAGAGACCAGACCCUCGGCCCGGCCUUCUACAGUCCCAUACCGGAGGAUCUGCCGUCCUCUCAGAAGUAUAAAGGUGUGCAUUUUGGGAAGAUGUCGGGCCGGAGAGAUCAGGUAACGGGUGAAGACGGACCUGGACCAGGACAUUAUGAUCUACAAGAGGAUCACACUGUCCUCUAUGAGAAUGUGAAUCUCAGACGGGAUCAGAGAGGCCGUACAGAGCUGGUCAUCCCUCGCUACCACGAGCUGGUGGCUCUACAGGAAGAGAAGAAGGGUGUUCCAGGACCAGGGCAGUACUACAUUAAGAGUCAGUUUGAGACGGCCAGUAACCCACACGCUCCUGUGUUGAGUCCACCCUUCCUGUCUCAAGCUCAGCGGUUCAGUCCGGUGAAGGAUGAGACACCCCCUGUAGGUGCAUACAAUGAUCCACGCUGUGCUCUGGAGAUCCUGAAGAAAGGCAGAGGAGUGAAGAAGAAUCCUUUCGGCAUGACAGCUGUACGCUUCCUGCCAGAAAACAGAUCGAAAGCUACGCCAGGUCCCGGUGCUUAUAAUGUGUUUGAGUAUGGCCUGGCUUACGAGAGUUUAAAGAAAGCCUGUCUGGGGAGCACGAGGAAGGGUGCCUUCGGCUCUAUUGCACCACGCCGGCUUUUCCUCCCCAGCAAAGAGGAGAUGAGCCGCCCGGGGCCGACUCAGUACAAGGUGGAGAAAACAACUGAAGCGUUAUAUAAGAAAAAGAGUACAGCUGCUUUUAAAUCUGCCACAGACAGACUUGUGGGUUCACUGUACGCAAAAGAUACACCUCCGCCAGGCUCAUAUAACGUGAGCGAAUCGUUUGAGAGGAUACACGGCCUCCAUCACUACAGCGAGCCACAGAACGAGAAAGCACGUAAACGACAGAGCUGCUUCCUGUCUGCUGCCCCCAGAGACGCCGGCUUCCUCCACUACGACCCUGAAACCCCAGGUCCAGCUCAUUAUAAUGCAGAUGUUAAAUCAGGCUCAAAACUUGCACUGAUUAUCUCAAAAGAAGAUCGCUUUAAAAGCCCUAAAGACCAGACCCCUGGACCCGGAGCAUAUGAGUUGAGUCCGGUCAUCAUGGACACGGUUCUGAAAGGCACCUUCAACGUGACGCUUCAUGAUCCUUUGGUGUCCAGCACGAGAUCUUUACCUUCACGCAGGUCUUUGAGAAAACCCUCUGCUCACAACAGUGCCUAACUCAGGUCAAAGGUCAGUGAGACUGAUUAAGAUUAAGUUUAGUUUCAGUGAUUGAGGUGUCUUUGAGGUUUUUACUGGUCUGUCCGACUCUCUCCUGCUCUCCUGUCUGUUUGAUUGAGACCAACAUCUGUUCCAAACAGAUUCACCACAGCAGCCGCAUGAGCUCUGAUUUUAUAUUCCCUCUGAAUGACCAAUUGAUCUCCUGAAACCAAAGAUGGCCAAAUAAAACAUGCAUCAUAUUUUUUUGAUUUACAUAUGCUAAUUAGAUGUUUCAUUAAUGGAAUAUGAGUCUGCUCACUGCUGAUGGAUAACAGGAGAUAUGGCUCUCAGAUUCACUGGUAUUGAUUUAGCUUUAUUUCUAUGUAAAUUGACUUUUUUAUGUCAAAAGCAUUUGUAUGUCUCUCUCUCUCUCUCUCUCU